CAACCUACGUGUAUAAGAAAGAGCGAGAGAGGCAGGCAGGGCAGCAUUGUUAUCUUAAGACACUCCUCUGGUGUCUGAGUCUGCAGGUGACGCUGGUUAGGUACGGAGUGCAGAGUCGGAGUGGGGACACGCCGGGCUGCAGCCUUAGGAUGGAAUCCGCCUGCCUGCCGAGCGCCUCGGGGCUAGUCCUGCAGUUCCUCCGCUGAGCUUGGCGGAUUCGGGAGGACUUGGGAAAUGCACCUGCCGCGCGCUCCGAGGACACCCGCAGGUCCUCAGGCAGCCCAAGCAGCCGAGAAGCCUGAGGAACGGUUUCUGCCCAUGUGCAAGGCAGAGAUUUCGGAUGACAGGGCGGGUGAGUCUCUUUAGAGUUGGGGGGGGAAAAGGCAAGAUCUUGGUUUCACCUCUAUCGAGGGAUAGGGGACUCCUCAGUUGGCUUCCCACUUUCUUCACCUCUCCCACGCCUCGUGCAACCCAGCCUAGCACUGAUCCCACUUCACAGAUGCCGUGGGUGCCUGGGAUGCUCGCCGCUCCGCGGCAAGGCAGCAGGCAAGUGGUCUAACCACCGCGGCGGUGACGGCGGCGGCAGCGGCAACAGCAAAACCCAGAGCAGGAGAAUUUGAAAAGAGACAUCUGUCCCCUCUCUCAACCUGAGGAGGAGGCUUUCGCAUUUCCCCAAAGGAGAAAGAGUCACAAGAAAUCAUGAAGUAAAAACUUUGGAAGGCUGCCACUGGAGAUGUUGCACAAAAAUCGGGCAUCUUUUAGGAGUCUCCUCGCAGUCCUUGGUCGUUUGGGGAGCAGCUGAUACAGCAAGAAGGGCUUUUGCAAGCAUUCAAGUUUGGAGCCCUGGAGGAGCAGCACCGAGUCGGAGAGCUUGGCGAGAGAAUGAAGACACUAACCGACUGGGAGAAGCAUGAGGUGGCAGCACAGCUCUCAGUUUAGAGGGCUUUGGCCGGAGGCCGCCCCAUGGGCAGUCCUGUUGGCACUAGGCGUGCCCGGAUGGGUGCUGGCUGUCUCAGCCACCGUGGCCGCUGUGGUCCCGGAACAGCAUGCCUCCUCGGCUGCACAGGCUCCCCUGGACUGGCUGCUCACAGACCGAGGCCCCUUCCACCGUGCCCAGGAGUAUGCUGAUUUCAUGGAGCGUUACCGCCAAGGGUUCACCACCAGGUACAGGAUCUACAGGGAGUUUGCCCGUUGGAAAGUGAACAACUUGGCCCUGGAAAGGAAAGACUUCUUCAGUUUGCCCCUGCCUCUCGCCCCAGAGUUUGUCCGCAACAUCCGCCUCCUCGGACGGAGACCCAACCUGCAACAGGUUACUGAAAACCUCAUCAAAAAGUACGGCACUCAUUUCUUACUUUCUGCCACUCUCGGAGGAGAAGAAUCCCUGACCAUUUUUGUGGACAAGAGGAAACUGAGCAGAAAGGCAGAAACAUCAGGAGGUGCCCCUGUAGUUGGGGGCAGUGGGAACAGCUCUGUUGUGUCCCUGGAAACCCUGCACCAGCUGGCAGCUUCCUACUUCAUUGAUAGAGAGAGCACACUACGCCGACUGCACCAUAUCCAGAUAGCCACAGGGGCUAUUAAGGUCACAGAGACCAGGACUGGUCCACUGGGCUGCAGCAACUAUGACAAUCUGGACUCAGUCAGCUCUGUCCUGGUUCAGAGUCCAGAGAACAAAGUACAGUUACUGGGCCUGCAGGUGCUGCUUCCCGAACACCUGCGUGAGCGUUUUGUGGCUGCAGCACUUAGCUACAUCACAUGCAGCUCUGAGGGUGAGCUUGUCUGCAGGGAGAAUGACUGCUGGUGCAAGUGUGGUCCCACUUUCCCAGAAUGCAACUGUCCUGAUGCUGACAUCCAGGCCAUGGAAGACAGCUUGCUGCAGAUCCAAGACUCCUGGGCCACUCACAAUAGGCAGUUUGAAGAGUCAGAAGAGUUCCAGGCCCUGCUGAAGAGGCUGCCCAGUGACCGAUUCCUGAACUCCACAGCCAUCUCCCAGUACUGGACCAUGGACACUAACGUCCAGCACCGCUACCAGCAGCUGGGAGCCAGCCUGAAAGUCCUGUUAAAGAAGAUGCAGCGGAUAGUCCGCCGCCUCUUCAAUCUCUGCAAGCGCUGCCACCGGCAGCCUCGCUUCCGCCUGCCCAAAGAGAGAUCCCUGUCUUUCUGGUGGAACCGAAUCCAAUCCCUUCUCUACUGUGGAGAAAGCACCCUCCCUGGGACCUUCUUGGAACAGAGCCACAGCUGCACCUGUCCCUAUGACCAAUCUUCCUGCCAGGGCCCCAUCCCAUGUGCCUUGGGCGAAGGGUCUGCCUGUGCCCACUGCGCUUCAGACAAUAGUACUCGCUGUGGGAGCUGUAACCCUGGUUACGUGCUGGCCCAGGGACUGUGCCGGCCAGAGGUAGCUGAGUCCCUGGAGAAUUUUCUAGGGCUGGAGACAGACCUUCAGGACUUGGAGCUGAAGUACCUGCUUCAGAAGCGAGAUAGCCGCAUUGAGGUACACUCUAUCUUCAUCAGCAACGACAUGCGUCUGGGCAGCUGGUUUGACCCUUCCUGGAGGAAGCGGAUGCUGCUCACUCUGAAGAGCAACAAGUACAAGCCUGGGCUGGUGCACGUGAUGUUGGCUUUGUCCUUGCAGAUCUGCCUCAGUAAGAACAGCACCCUGGAGCCAGUCAUGGCCAUCUAUGUCAACCCCUUCGGGGGCAGCCACUCUGAGAGCUGGUUCAUGCCUGUAAAUGAGGGCAACUUUCCUGACUGGGAAAGGACUAACGUGGAUGCAGCUGCCCAGUGCCAAAACUGGACUAUCACUUUGGGGAACAGGUGGAAGACUUUUUUUGAGACAGUCCAUGUUUACCUAAGGAGCCGAAUCAAGUCUCUGGAUGACAGCUCCAAUGAGACAAUCUACUAUGAGCCCCUGGAGAUGACUGAUCCCUCCAAGAAUUUGGGCUACAUGAAAAUCAACACUUUGCAGGUCUUUGGCUACAGUCUGCCCUUUGAUCCAGAUGCUAUCCGAGACUUAAUUCUCCAGUUGGACUACCCGUAUACUCAAGGUUCCCAGGACUCGGCACUCUUACAACUCAUUGAGCUCAGAGACCGGGUGAACCAACUCUCUCCACCUGGCAAAGUCCGGCUUGAUCUUUUCUCCUGCUUGCUCCGGCACAGACUCAAACUAGCCAACAAUGAAGUGGGCAGGAUCCAAUCCUCCCUGAGAGCCUUCAAUUCCAAGCUGCCAAAUCCUGUGGAGUAUGAGACAGGCAAACUCUGUAGCUAAUGGGGCAACGACCCCAGCGCUGGUCAGAGAGUUGACCCACACAUUCAGGGUGCAAAGAUAAUCCGAGCCCUCACCUCAGUGCCAACAGGGUGCUUCCAUGAGACUUUCAGCACCUGGGAGAUGGGAGCUCAAGGCCUAGACUGAAGCAGGCGAGAGACAAUAAACAGCUACUGCAUAUGUGCACAUGUGAUUGCAUAUGUGCACACGUGACUGCAUAUGUGCACACGUGAUUGCAACCCCCUGCCCCCCCUCACAGGGAGGCCACAGCUCAGCAGCCUGGGAUCUGUGAAGCUGGUGCUCUCUAGAAUGAAUGUUUUGAAGAAGAGCCAAGGAAGGGAUAAAAGAAGCAGCUAAAUCGUGAAAGAAAUGAGUGAACAUGCUUCAAAAUGAUUCUUGUCACCCAGGAUAGCAAAAGGGGACAAAAGUGGGAGGGGUGGGAGACCUCCCCUCUGUGGAGUCACUUUUGUAUUCUUUUUACCCAGAUUUCUUAAAAUGUUGUUGUUCUGUGACCCCCUGCAUCAGUUCUUACUUUUUGUAUACUGCCUUCCUGCACCCCAGAGGCCAUGGGCUGACAGCUUUUGGUGCCACUUCCUUAGAAUGUAUGUGCAGUGCUACAGCAGAGGGACCAAAACCAAGGGCAGGCCACAGCCUCCUUGCUCAUCCCUCACUUCUUUCUCCUGCCAGCCCCCCAUUCCCCUGGCCUCCCCAGCUUCAGAGUUUUGACUUGUUCCAAGAGUCCCUCAUACUUCAUCCAGAGCCCUCCUCCUGCAGCACCUGACCUGUCCGUCCAAGGAAGCAGUUUUGUCAAGUUAGAGACAAUGUAUACGGAAAUGUUCUUUUCUAAGAAACACCAAAACAAAAAAUAUUUAUUUUGUGAUUGUUUUUCUUGUCAACCUGCUCCAGUCACAUGAACCUCUGAGUAAAGUUUUACUUGAUUUAAUGCA